AUGAGCGAAGCAAUCAAGUCGCUCACCGCGCAGGGCCUGGAGCAGCUGUGCUCCGAGGAGCAGCUGCAGCUGCUCAACGCGGUGGACUCGCUGCGCUCCCAAGGCAUCAGCCACUACAUCUCGCUGCCGCAAAUCAUCGUCUGCGGCGACCAGUCCUCGGGCAAGAGCUCCGUCCUCGAGAGCAUCUCCGGUGUCCCCUUCCCCACCAAGAGCAGCGUGUGCACCCGCUUCCCGACCGAGCUCAUCCUCCGCAAGACGGCCUUUCCCUCCAUCAACGUCUCUAUCGUGCCGCACCACUCCUGCAAUGACGCGGAUAAGGAUUCCCUGUCCAACUUUCGCGAAAGGCUGCUCGACUUCAAGGACCUGCCCGCCCUGAUCGAGAGCGCCAAGCUGGCCAUGGGAGUCAUGACCAUGGGCAAGGCCUUCUCCGAGGACAUCCUGCGCAUCGAAGUCAGCGGUCCCGAUCGCCCGCACCUCACCAUUGUGGACCUUCCUGGUCUCAUUCACUCCUCAAAUAAGCACCAGUCCGCCUCGGAUAUUGACCUCAUCAACAAUGUUGUCCAGCGGUACAUGAAGGAGCCUCGAAGCAUCAUCCUCGCUGUCGUGUCCGCAAAGAACGAUUACGUCAACCAGAUUGUUCUGAAACUCGCGAGCAAGGCCGACCCUGAGGGAAAGCGGACCCUGGGCGUCAUCACGAAACCAGACACUCUAAUCCCGGGAUCUGGAAGCGAGCGCGAUUUCAUCUCCCUGGCUCGGAAUCAAGACGUCGAGUUCCGCCUGGGCUGGCAUGUCUUGAGGAAUCGGGACACGGAGGCGGACCAGGAAGGGUGGACCUUUGAACAGCGUGAUGCCGCCGAGCUGCAGCUUCUGUCCUCUGGUGCCUGGGCGGGCCUUUCAGUACAGAACGUGGGCAUUAAAUCUCUGAGGACCCGUCUGAGUAAAGUACUCGUGCGGCAGAUUUCUUCUGAGCUCCCAAGCCUUAUUGACGAAAUCACUAAGUUGUCUGCCGAAUGCCAGAAACGCCUCCAGAAGCUCGGUUUGCCCCGUAACACCAUUUAUGAACAGAGAAUGUAUCUCAUCCAGAUUAGCCAAGCCUUUCAAGCCUUGCUUCAGGCUGCGGCCAAUGGUGCGUACAACGACUCAUACUUUGGUAAUGCUAUGUCUUCGGUCGGCUACCAGAAGCGUCUCCGAGCUGUGGUUCAGAGUCUGAAUCGAGGCUUUGCGGCAAAAAUGGCCUUCGAUGGCCGGCGAUACGAAGUUGUAGAGGACGGCGAGGAAGUUGGGUCGGAACGCCACGGCCACCUGACUCGAGACCAAUACAUUGAAAAAAUUGUUUUGGUAAUUCAGAAAGGUCGAGGUAGAGAACUACCUGGUAUGUUCAACCCAAUGAUUGUUACGGAGCUAUUCAAGGAACUCUCAUCGCCGUGGGGAAAGAUUGCCGAGGACCACGUCCUGGAAGUGUGGAAAGCGAUUCGGCUGUCGUUGAACCACCUCGUCACUCACGUCGCCGACUCCACUACGGUCAACUCGAUCUUGGCCGGCGUCUUUGAGCCGCAUCUGGAUUCCUUGCUGAAGGUCCUGCGCGAAAAGCUCUCUGGGCUGCUGAAGCCACACCGAACCGGCCACCCCAUCACCUACAACCACUACUUUACGGAAGCUCUACAAAACAUCCGCAAGGAGCGUGAAAAGUGCAGACUUGCCGCAUUGAUACAGGAGGAAUUUGGGGCGGUUUCUUUGGUAUCCAAAACCUCGAUCAGCAGAACGAUGGACUUUGGGCAGUUUCUUGAGCGACUGCUUGAUCCGCGGGAGGCAGAUAUGGAUCAUUUUGCCGCUUCUGACGCACUUGACUGCCUGGAUGCCUACUACAAGGUCAUCGAGGUUUGUCUAUUGGGCAAGCUGAACGAAAUUAUGGAUCCGACGUCCAUUUUCACGAUGAAGGACGCUGACAUCACCCGAAUUGCUGCAGAGACGGAAGAGAGUCGUGCGGCACGUGCGGAGCUCGAGACGAAGCUGAAAGUCCUCAGCAACGGAAGUCAAAUUUGCAAGACAUUUGCAACACUCUAUGUCAAUGUCCUGGACAACGAAAACGAGAGCAGCGACAACACGACCGAUCGACUCAGUGAUACUGGAAGCGAACAGUCUGCCACUGGUUCUGUAGCAACAGCGGGGAGCGAUGUUGACCUAGCCGAUAGCUCUGCUCCUGAGGCUGUACUGGCUGAUGAUCUGAUCUAUGAGGCGGAGCAGGUAGUUGAGCAGCCUCAUACCGAGUCGACUCCUGAAUCGGUGGAUGAUGUGUGGGGUGGUGUUUCACGCAAGAGCAAGAAGGCUAAGAAAAAUCAGAAGAAAAGGGCAGUGUUCGAUAAAGCAAAGCUCGUUGAGGCAGAACCUACCCUUGAGGACGACAACUUGUCCAUUACUUGGGGCAGGAAGACGAAGUAA